GUGUUAUAAGCAAUAUUUGGGCUGAAAAGCAUGCAUGCUAUAAACUGCAGGAAUGUUUUGCAUAUGGUCACUGUAAGGCACAGACACAAUGACGAUGACAGAUGUAAAAUCAACAACUGGUAAAUUUAUUGUGAGAAUGGCAGAAACUGGCACAAUAGCAGGUCGGACAAAGACGAUCGUCAGGGCGAUGACUUGGAAAACUUCAACUGACCAGAUAACGAAUGGAAUCCUUGGAUAAUUAAAUGUGCGCACAAUGGCCAGUCAGAAUGCCAGUGGCGAUGAGCAGAUACUACUUAUCCAAGUUGACCCCGUCCGGAGAAAAGUUUCACUGGCGCUGACCCAGAUCUUUGUGUUGCCCUUCAUCUACCUCAUCUUCCUCAUGCUCAUAAUAUUCUCCAAGAAAGAGACUUUCAGAACAGAGACACGCUAUAUCUUGUUUGGUCACUCUCUCCUGGUGGACCUAAUAUUUCUUUGUCUGACAGAUUUUGUUGUGCUCUUAUCGUACAACUUAGUUUUAAUACCGCUGCAUUUCUGUAUCCCCAUCUGCAUUUUAACGGAAGCAAUUGCAGUAAGUGCACCAUUAACCAUCGGUGCCAUGUGCGUGGAGCGCUAUGUGGCCAUUUGCAUGCCACUCCGACAUCAUGCGAUCUCCACCUCUGGAAGAGCCAUCAUGGUGAUUUUAAUGAUUUGGAUCCUGAGCUCCAUAACCCCCUUUGUUGAUAUGUUCAUUCUUGUCAGCACGGCCUCUCGUGAAUACUUGUCUCAACUCACACACUGUCACUAUGAGAUUAUGAUUCCGGAAAAGAUCCAUCACUUUGCUAGGGGUUUGUUGUACAUUGCGGGGCUUGUGGUUAUUUUAAUCAUUGAAGUCUUUUGUUAUAUAAUGAUAUACCUUGCUGCACGUGCAGCAUCUGGUGACAAAUCAGCAUCAAAAGGGCAGCGCACCAUUUCCCUGCACAUAUUGCAGCUGUUUUUAUGUACUGCUGAGGUGAUGUGCCCUUACAUUGAGAGUGUAGUUAUGCAGUAUGAUAUUCAAUCAUAUCUGACUGUCCGAUUAAUAAAUUUCCUAGCAUUUAGUGUCACUUCUAGAGCUGUAAGUCCUCUCGUCUAUGGGUUCAGAGAUGAGAAAUUCUAUGCAGCAAUGGCUUAUUAUGUCAGAUACAAAAACAAUGUUAUCUCAUCUGACAAUGAUAAACAAACAUAAUUAUCUAUUUUAAGUGUUUCUGGGAUUUUUUAAAAUCUUGUCUAAAUUCCUUUUCUGUAUCAAAACUCCAGUUUUGGUUGACCACCUGCCUAGUUGAUAUAUUCUAAUAAUGAAGCUUGAGAGUUUUAAAUUGUCUGGCCAACUGCAAGAUUUAUCUUGGGAAGAGACCUCUCACAACAUGACUGCUUGUAGAUACAAAUUUGCAAAAAGAUCCACUUUUGUAAUGAACAAUUUAUAUGCAAUUGCAGACUAUUUGAGAUCAGUAUACACGUUUAAUGAGAUUGUUCAUAAAUUAUUGUUCAUUCUGGCAUCUAAUAAAUAUUUCUGUUUCUAAUA